AUCUCACAACCAGACCUAGGCAUUUUAGUCAGAUCCGAAAAUCUGAGUCGGAACGGCCCAAAAAUAUCCGAAUUAGAAUCGGCCUGAAAAUAUCCGAUGCAAAAUCGAACAAAAAAUUUACAAGUACUAUCUAUUGGAUCCAAAAUUCUUCUAUUUGAAAGAAUCGAAAAAACUGGUCAACAUAUUCGAUCUAAUAAGAACUAAUUCAUAACCGACUUAAAAAUAUGAAAAUCCAAAACUAUGACAUUUUACGUUCUAGUUUCUAUAUUUUAUUUUAUGAUUUAGUUGAAAUAUUUUUGUUUAUAACAUGAAACUUUAAAUGUAAGUGUUACAGAAAAAUGAAGCUUUAAUUAAUUGUAAAAUUUAGAGUUUUAAAAAGUUUUAUAUUAAUUAUUAAUAGUUUUAAGUUGUUUUGUAAAAUUUUAGAUAUAUAUGAAAUAUUUCGACUAAAUUUGAUCGGGUUUGGAUAUUUCGUAUCAUUUUCGGAUAAUAAAUACUCGAACCCAACCCGGAUCUAAUAAGGACCCUAAAAUUGUUGGUAUUUUACAUAUAUUUUAAUUAUAGAUUCGAACCUAUCUGGAUCUUAAAAGAACCGACCAGAAUCCGAACCAAAUAUUUACAAGUACUUAUUAGAUCCAAAUGUUUAGAAGGAUCCGAAUUUAAGAAGAAUCAGCCCGAACCCGACUCGAAGACAAGUCAAGGCCUACUCACAACUAAGGUUUGAGUGACCAAAGAUAAAACAACCCAGAAGAUUUUGUCUCUAUUAUAUCAUGCAUGAGAAUUGGAAACCUUCAUGUUUGCUGGUUUAUAAACUUAUGGGCUUUCAAUUCCCUUUCGUCUUAUGGCCCGGCCCAUCUUGUAUACCAAUUAGUAAACUUUUAAUUCUACCGUUCGUCUACUAGUGUGCUCUUACUAAACAAACAAGCGGAGUUUUAGCUCUAAUUCUAUCGUACUACACUUCAAUAUUGGCUUUAACAAUGGACGUAAGAAAAUUAGUAACUUGAACGUGCUUAAUUAUUUAUUGACAAUGGUUUGCGUAUGAGUCUGAGAGUUGUCGAGGUUAGGUCAGCUACUAAACGUUUGAUUGAGCACGUUCUCUCGUAGUUAUGGGUAAAUAGAAUAUACACUUCUGACAACACACCACGAUAAUCUCAUUUAAUGUUUUGAAAAAUGAUACAUCUGCUGAGUAUAGUAUAUUAUUUUUAUUUAUAAUCUCCAAUCAAAAGCCGUGAUCUAAAACAAAGCCCGUAAUAUAUUCUGUUACUUGUAUAUGUAUCGUAUAAUACUAUAAUUUAAACUUAGAUCAGAUCAUAACUCGUUUCUUAAAAUCCAAAGAAGACACGUUGGUAAGUUGUUAUAAACAAUGCAUGGAAGUCUCUAGAGAUUAGGGCUAGCUGGGGAUAGGUGAGGGUUAAUGGAGGAGAUUAACGAGAUUAGGAGUUUAGUGAUAAUUAAAAAACAAUAGAAUAGGGUUUCUCUGAUUACUGAAUUAUCUUAAGUUAUUAAUCAAACCAUAUCAACCACAUAGGUAAAGACUCCUAAGCAGACUUAUACAUCAAUCUCAUCGACCCUAACCUAUCAUUGUCUAUACAUAAUAAUAUCCCAAGUCAUUAUCUCAAUAAAUCAACAGCUAGUUAAUUGAAAAACCAAAGCCUCGAUUUUCUAUCGUUAGUUUUUUGUCUUGGUCUUUUGACCGUUUCUCCAUGUCGUAUCCUCUUUUUCAUUAUAAGUCUUUGUAACUUUUAUUACACUUCAUAAAAGAACGAUUAGACUCGUGCAUCAAGGAGUGGAAGGCAUGAAGACGAACAACAACGAUGAACAACGCAAAACGCUGCCGUUUCCUGGAAAAUACAUCUUGAAAUCUACUGUUUUCAUCGUUGCUUCUCUCUUCAUAUCAGCUGCUCUCUUGGGUUUUCUUGGCUAUCUCAACUUUAAUGCUUUCGCAGGUUUCAAACUAAUACCGAAGAGAUUUAAACCUAGGUUCCCUUACCAAUGCGACGUUCAGGAUCAAACACAUCAGAUUCAUUUCUCUCAGAAUCUCACAUCGAGAUUACAUACCAGCCGUUCACAACCAUCGUCUUGUCCUUCUUACUUCCGCUGGAUCCACGAAGACUUACGACCGUGGAAAGAAACGGGGAUAACUAGAAACAUGGUUGAGAAAGCCAGCAAAACGGCGCAUUUUAGACUAGUGAUCCACCGCGGCAAGGCGUACGUUAAGAGAUACAGAAAGUCAAUUCAAACGAGAGAUGAUUUUACUCUGUGGGGAAUCCUACAGUUGUUACGGUGGUACCCGGGGAAAUUGCCUGAUCUCGACCUUAUGUUCGACGCUGACGAUCGUCCCGUCGUCCGAUCUGAUGACUAUACAGGUCAACAAAACAAGGAUCCACCUCCACUGUUUCGUUACUGCUCUGAUGAUGCCAGCUUGGAUAUUGUCUUCCCUGAUUGGUCCUUUUGGGGCUGGGCUGAAGUAAACAUAAAACCAUGGGGGGAGUCGCUAGAGGCAAUACAAGAAGGGAACAAUAUUACACAAUGGAAGGACCGUGUGGCGUACGCUUAUUGGAGGGGGAAUCCUUAUGUAGACCCCACGAGAGGAGAUCUUCUCAAGUGUAACGUUUCGGAAAAUGAAGAAUGGAACACUCGUCUCUAUGUUCAGGACUGGGAUAAAGAAACCAAAGAAGGGUUCAAGAACUCAAACCUAGAUCACCAGUGCACCCACAGAUACAAGAUAUAUAUAGAAGGAUGGGCAUGGUCGGUUAGUGAGAAGUAUAUAAUGGCAUGUGAUUCUAUGACAUUGUACGUGAAACCAAGAUUCUACGACUUCUACAUACGAGGAAUGAUGCCACUGCAACACUACUGGCCAAUCAGAGACGACUCCAAGUGUACUUCUCUCAAGUUCGCCGUACAUUGGGGGAAUACACACGUGGAUAAGGCACGUGAGAUUGGAGAGCUAGGGAGUAGGUUUAUAAGAGAGGAGGUGAACAUGAAGUAUGUGUAUGACUAUAUGUUUCAUUUGCUCAAUGAGUAUGCGAAGCUCUUAAAAUUUAAGGUAAAGAUUCCUUCGGAUGCGGAGGAGAUCACACCGGAGAGUUUGGGAUGUGCAGCGACUGAGCGGUGGAGAGACUUCAUGGCGGAGUCUAUGGUAAUGUCUCCAAGUGAAGAGUUUCCAUGUGAGAUGGUUCCUCCUUAUGACCGUCUGGCUUUAAAAGAGGUCAUUGAGAGAAAAGCUAAUUUAACACGUCAAGUUGAGUUGUGGGAGGACCAAUAUUUUAAUGAUUUGGCCAACAAACCUUAAUUUAUACAAAGGUUUUAAUAUUAGUAUUUCCAUGAUGUUUUUGCUAGUAACCGUUUUAUUUGCUUUACCUAUAAUUCUCACAUAUGCAUACUAUCGAGAUCUGUAUCAGGAAUAACAUGAAAGUCGUGAUGAUAACACCAAUCAUAUGUAUAUUAGACUACAAAGUUUUAUU